CACACUAUGCAGCACUCACUAAGCGCUGCCCUUUUCAAACGUCCCUUCAGCCCUAAGUGCACGAAGUCGGGUGAGCGCCGGCUGGUUUGAGAAACAGGCAAAUUAAAUCAGGAAAGUGACUGAACUGAAGUUGGACGUUUGGAUUUUGGACUCUGCCAUAUCACUCAUGCGAAAGAAAACUAUGACAAAGUGGAAAUAAUAUUUGAUCACAGAUGAAUUCGGCUAAAACCUCAGAGUUUAGUCUUGGAUUUACGAAACUCACUCGGAUUCGAGAAGAAGAUCCCAGUUAUGUGGACGAUCUCGUGGGCAACCCUAAUAAUGUGACCGGGAGGUUUGGUAUGAGCUAUCAGUAAAGUAUUAUCUUUGUAACAGUGUACAGAAAUACCAAUCGUCCCGCACGGAGUUAUUCGGAGACUUGCUCUCAGCAUAGGCUACCCCAGCGCAGCGCACAGCCACAMAAAAGAGAGUUGGAGACGGCGUGGUAGGCUAUUUUACUCAAGAAGGAAGCAGAACAUUUUUUAUAAAUAUAAUUAUUUWGAUCGAAUAGGCCAUAUCAAACAUUUGUGGAUAAUACACAUUCGCUUCAGUCCUCUGCUGCUUUGGAAUGAUGCCUGCGCGUUCAGUGGGGAUUUACUUUCUACUCGGAUUUAUUCACAUUUGUUCAGGAUCUCGUCUUCGUCAGGAUGACUCCCCUCCCCGGAUAGUGGAGCACCCCUCUGACCUCAUUGUGUCCAAGGGGGAGCCGGCCACCCUCAACUGCAAGGCGGAGGGYCGUCCUGCCCCCACGGUGGAGUGGUACAAGGACGGGGAGCGUGUGGAGACAGACCGGGACAACCCCCGUUCCCACCGCAUGCUGCUGCCCAGCGGCUCCCUCUUCUUCCUACGUAUCGUCCACGGCCGGCGCAGCAAGCCAGACGACGGCAGCUACGUGUGUGUGGCCCGUAACUACCUGGGCCAGGCCGUCAGCCACAACGCCUCGCUGGAGGUAGCCAUUCUCCGUGAUGACUUCAGACAGAACCCAGCGGAUGUGAUUGUGGCAGCGGGUGAGCCUGCCGUGCUGGAGUGCCAACCGCCCCGCGGGCAUCCUGAGCCCACCAUCUCAUGGAGGAAAGAUGGUACCAACAUCAAUGACCGGGAUGAGCGCAUCACGAUCCGCGGUGGGAAGCUGAUGAUCACCAACGCCAGGAAGAGUGACGCAGGGAAAUAUAUCUGUGUGGGGACCAACAUGGUGGGAGAGAGGGAGAGCGAGAUUGCCGAACUGACUGUACUAGAGCGCCCAGGGUUUGUGAAGAGGCCCAGUAGUGUUAUGGUUCUGGCAGAUGAGAGUGUGGAGUUCCACUGUGAGGCGCGGGGAGAUCCGGUCCCCACUGUCCGCUGGAGGAAAGAGGAUGCAGACCUGCCCAAGGGGAGGUAUGAGAUCCUGGAGGACCACACUCUGAGUGUGCGUGGUGUGGCACCAUCAGACGAGGGCUCCUACACGUGUGUUGUAGAGAACAUGGUGGGAAAGGCAGAGGCGUCCGCUACGCUGACCGUACACGUCUUCACUGUGCCUCCAGCGUUCGCCAUGCGCCCCAGAAACCAGGUGGUGGCAGUUGGGAGAAUGGUCACCUUCCAGUGUGAGGCCACUGGCAACCCCCAGCCUGCCAUCUUCUGGCAGAGGGAGGGCAGCAAUAGCCUGCUUUUCUCCUACCAGCCCCCUCAGCCCUUCAGCCGACUUUCCGUGUCCCAGACAGGCAGUCUGACAAUCGCAGACGCCCAGCGCUCAGACGCCGGCUACUACAGCUGUCAGGCCCUCAACAUCGCUGGCUCCGUCAUCACCAAGGCCCUGCUGGAGGUCACUGACAUGGUGUCAGACCGCCCCCCUCCCGUGAUCCGACAGGGCCCAGCCAAUCAGACGGCACCUGUGGACAGCACAGUGGUCCUGGGUUGCAUAGCAACAGGAACCCCCACUCCAACAGUCCACUGGAAGAAAGACGGGGUGGUGGUGUCCUCCGAUGACUCCCGCAUCACUCAGAUAGACACAGGAGCCCUGCAGAUCCGCUACACUAAGCUUGGAGAUACAGGCGUAUACACCUGUUUGGCGUCCAGCCCCAGUGGAGAGGCAUCCUGGAGGGCGUACGUGGAGGUGCAAGAGUUUGGAGUGGUUGUCCAGCCGGGUCGACCCACAGACCCUAACCUGAUCCCCAGUGCCCCGUCCAAGCCUGACGUGACUGACGUCAGCCGCACCUCUGUCACACUGUCCUGGAAACCCAACCCUAACGCUGGGGCCACGCCCACCUCCUAUGUCAUCGAGGCAUUCAGUCACGCGUCGGGGAGUAGCUGGGUGACUCUGGCUGAUCAUGUGAAAACAGAGACCUUUGUCCUGAAGAACCUCAAACCAGGUGCCGUCUACCUGUUCCUGGUUAGAGCAGCCAACGCCUACGGCCUCAGUGACCCCAGCCCCAUCACUGAUGCCGUCAGAACACAAGACACCCCUCCCACCAGCCAAGGAGUGGACCACCGUCAGAUCCAGAGGGAACUGGGGGACGUGGUGGUCAAUCUGCACAACCCCACCAUCCUCUCCUCCUCCUCCGUCAGGGUGCAGUGGACGGUGGAGCAGGAGUCUCCGUACAUACAGGGCUAUAAGGUGAUGUACAGGGCGUCUGCUGAUCUGGGCCAGCCAGGUGGGCAGUGGGGCGUGUUCGAGGUGCGGACCCCUGGAGAGGACGGUGCUGUGGUGCCUCAGCUGAAGAAAGGGGUCACCUACGAGUUCAAAGUGCGUCCCUUCUUUGAUGAAUUUCAGGGAGCGGACAGCGAGGUUAAGGUGGCCAGGACGCUGGAGGAAGCCCCCAGUGGAGCCCCCCGGGGCGUUACCGUGACGAAGAGCGAUGCCAAUGGGACCGCCAUCCUGGUCGCCUGGCAACCACCUUCCGAAGAGGAACAGAACGGAAUGGUACAGGAGUACAAGAUCUGGUGCCUGGGCAACGAGAGCCGCUACCACGUCAACCGGACAGUAGAUGGCUCCACCUUCUCCGUGCUGAUCCCCAGCCUUGCGCCAGGGAUACGCUACAGCGUGGAGGUCGCCGCGAGCAACGGCGCCGGCCCUGGUGUCAAGAGCGAUGUCACCUUCUUUCAACUUGACUCUACGGGUCAGAUGAUGGACAGUCCUGAGGACCAGGACACGCUGUCUCAGAUCUCAGACGUGGUCAAGCAGCCGGCGUUCAUCGCGGGCAUCGGCGCCACCUGCUGGGUGGUCCUCAUGGUGUUCAGUGUGUGGCUGUACCGUCACCGUAAAAAGAGGAGCGGCCUCAGCAGCAGCUACGCCGGCAUACGCAAAGUUCCAUCAUUCACUUUCACUCCUACAGUGGCCUAUCAGAGAGGAGGAGAGUCUGUCUGCAGUGCUGGGAGACCUGGGCUGCUGAACAUGGGGGAGAGUGUAAACCAGCCGUGGCUGGCAGACUCCUGGCCCAACGCAUGUGCCAACCACAAAGACUGCAACAUCAACUGCUGCAACAGUGGCAACGGCACCAGCGACAGCAACAUGACCACCUACAGCCGCCCAGCCGACUGCAUCGCCAACUAUGGCAGCCAGCUGGAGAAGCAGCAGGGCGGUCUACAGGGGCCUGAGCAGGCUGUGUACAGCGACGUGGACCUCUCCAACAAACUUAACGAGCUCAAGACUUUCAACAACCCCAGCCUGUGCUACGUGGGCCCAGGGGGAGGGCCGCCCACCCCCUACGAGCCCACCCCCUAUGCCACCACCCAGCUCAUCCAGUCCAGCAUCCUGAACAAGGCUGCAGCAGCUGGGGCCGGGGCCCCUGACAUACGCUGUUGGAACCAGCCCCCCUCCCACCUGCAGAAAACACAGAUGCAGUACAACAUCAUGGAGCAGAACAACAGGCUUAAUAAAGACCACUAUAGAGGAGAUGGGCCCCUGCAAGGCACCGUCCCCUAUAACCAGGCCCACGAACACAGCACAGGAGGCUCUCACCACAGCUCUGACAGGGGCAGCAGCAGUACCUCUGGGAGCCAAAGUCAUAAGAAGGGAACUCGCACUCCCAAACUUCCCAAAACGAACACAGUGAACUGGGGUGAACCUCUGCCCCCUCCCCCUGCCAACCCCCCACCAAGCCGGAGCUGUGAUGAGUAUACCCUGCCCAUGGAAAAAAGCUUUAACCCAGAUGCCCCAUGCCCAAUGCUUACCUCACGGAUGUACCUGCAUCCGGAUGAGAUGGAGGAAGAGGAGGCGGAGGAGGGGAUGGAUAGGUGUCCCACCCCCCCUGUCAGAGGGGCAGCCUCUUCCCCUGCGGGUCUGUCCUACAGUCACCAGUCUACAGCCACUCUCACUCCCUCCCCCCAGGGAGACCAGCACAACGGCCUACACAACGGAACAGACCACCACAGACAACACGCAGCCAGCCCACCUCCUCCCCCGCACCCCCUCUCCCCCCCACACACCUACGGCUACAUCUCCAGCCCCCUGGCACUGGAUACUGACGGCCAGGAGGAAGAAGAGGAGGAUGAAGAAGAGGAAAGGGAUGAGACGGAUGCGGAGAUGGCCCAGGGUCACUACCACCAGCACCAAAAUAACCCCCAGCCCCACCAGAAACAGCCCCACCACCAGCACCACCCUCCCCCACGCAGGCUGCACCUCCGGGGGUUGGAGCAGACGCCGGCCUCCAGCACUGGGGACCUGGAGAGCUCUGUGACGGGCUCCAUGAUCAACGGCUGGGGCUCGGCCUCCGAGGAGGACAAUGGCUCGUCAGGACGCUCCAGCGCUGUCAGCUCCUCAGACGGAUCCUUCUUCACAGACGCAGACUUCGCCCAGGCUGUGGCCAACACUGGAGACUACACAGCAGGCCUACGCAUGGCCAGGUUCCCAGAGGACACAGGGCCAGCAGGGCGAAGGUGCCAGCGUCCCAGCAGCCCCCUGUCCACAGACAGCAACAUGAGCUCUGCAGUGAUGCAGAAGAGACCGCCCAAGAGGCACAAGCAGCACCAGGCCCAGGCUGGCCACCAAGGCCACCAGCAGAGGAAUGACUUCACUGACGACUCGUGUAUGCCCUUGAAGUCUCCUAGUCACAUGUCGCGGUGUGGCUAUGAGGUGAGGGGGGCCACGCUCCCUAGGAUUGGCUCUGGGGAGGGACGGGGCCGGAGAGGGAGUGCAGGGGGCCAGAGGACCAGAGAGGGCUCUGUGGAGAGACGGGAGGUGCAGGACAAGAACAGGACUCCACAGGGAGGCAAGGGGAGCAGCAAAGGUCGUCAACACCCAGGUUCUGAAGACAUCCUCCCGUACAGCAGGCCCUCGUUCCCCUCGGUACAGGGCCAGAGCCAGGGCCAGGGCCAGAGCCAGGCUCAGAGCUCCUCCAGCUCCAUGUCCUCCCGGGGCUCAGGGGGACGGAGGAGAGAUGGGGCCCGCAGGAACCCCACAGACACACUGCCCAGCAUCGCAGGCUUCCAGACCCAGGAAGAGGAACUAGAGCUGCUGGAGAGCUGAGGAUCAUGGGAGGAGGACAGGAAACUGCCACAGUGCCCUCACAGGAAGGCUUGAAUCUGACAUCAGUGACUAUUAUGUAAAUUACUUUUCUUAUCAUACAGAAUAAGGGGGAAAAAAACAUAACAAUACUUAAUAUUAGUUUUUCUUUUGACAAUUUCUCAUUUGAUGCCAUUUUGGAGGGGAAAAGAAAGUGUGAGAAAAAAAGUGCGAUCACGUUUCAGUCUGUGCGCUCACUGGUACGAAGCACUAUUAGAUCAUUGUUUACAUGAGUUGUUGGUUGAGAACUGGCCUCUAUGGUGAGCUAGUGACUAAUAUGAAAGUACAUGCACAUUAGAUGACUGUUGUAUACAGAUACCUUGUCUUGGACCACCUUCUGUGGUGCCUCAGACUGGUCUUGGCAUGUCUGUUGCGCCUGUUAUAUUACUGUAAUUAAUAUUUGGACUUCACCAUCCAUCUUGUAAAUUGUUCCGUCAUUUUGCUGCCACAAAAUUGCUACAAUGGGAUUUUUACAUUUGUUUUUAAUGUAUUUUUGUAAUGCACUGUUAUUGUUUUGUUAUUGAUGUUGGUCUUGUCAAUGUGCGUUAUUUGUUCUACUUUGGUUUCAAAAGCACAAUCACUUAACUUUAUUUUAAACCAUUGUUAUCGAUGACGUUCCGUCUUAAAAGAGGAACAAUGAUAAAAAAUAAUGUUGUUGAUCGUUUUCUGUAUACGAUUGGACGAGUGUUAUGUGUCUUAAUAUUCUGUUUCUGUUGGGAUUGGGAUGGAAACGAGACUCCCCUGUCUAGCUUAGGUUUAAUUGAAACCAGAGUGAUCAUUUGGACUGAAGGGUACACUGCCCAAAGCGGUGACCACAUUUAUCCAUUUAUUAUGACACAAACUACUGUGUUGGUCGGAUUAUACCCUCAUGUCUACAAAUGCACUUAUGAGGAAGUGAGAGAGACCGCAGACAACCUGAGGGACACAUUGUACCAAUAGAGAAGGGUGAGGAAGCCCCAUUUCUCUUAGUAAUAGUCUCCUUUCCAGAUAAGUUAAGGGUGGAAAUGUUGACGGAUCCAUCCUGGAAAAUGGACUUCUCCGUGCCUGGUGAUGGGUAGCAUUUUGUCCAUGAGCAAGCAACACACAGUGACACAUCCACCAUUGUUUCCCAGCAAGACAGGGUUGAAGGAAGUGAAAUGAAUACUGACCCAAAAGAAGGACUAAAGAAGAAGACUUGAAAAUCCUGCAGCUUGGAGAUGGAACAGCAUGUUGUUGUUGGGUUUACGUUCUUUAUGGCUACAUCUAGGCCCAGCUUUGAGUCCAUUUCUUUACUUCCUACACAUGUACAAAAUGUGUGAAACGAUGUUCACUGAGGGCACCUGACAUUUGUUUGGAGUUUGCCAUGUUAUAAAGAAUUACACUACUAUGUUCAUGAUGUCAGCCAUGGCAUUUCAUUUCAUUACUGAGUAUGUUAAAAACGGGAUGAAAAAAAAAACAUUGUCAUUUUAUCACAUUAUUUAUUAUUAAAAUGUCUUCAAAUGCCACUG